AUGGUCCAGGGGCGGUACCAGUCCCCCCCGGGCUGCUCCCCGCCUCGUGCCGCCUGGGCACGGAAACGCCGCGGGGCCACCCUUCCGCCCAGGAUCUUAUGGAGGCCAUUUGAAUUCUCAAGAAGACUUCUGAAAGUGGAAAGCUCUAACAUAACUGAAUCAGAAUCUUUGAUUCCACUAGCUUGGACAUCGCUGACGCAGAAGCUUAGGAAAGCACCUGGUAUUUCCUUAUUGGGUCAACGAAAUAGAUUCUCAACCAUGCCAGAAAUAGAAACAAAUGAGAGAGACUCUGAAUUGUUUUCACCACCCUCUGAUGUUCGAGGCAUGACAAAGCUUGAUAGAACAGCUUUUAAGAAGACAGUCACCAUUCCAGUGCUUAAAGUGAAAAAAGAAAAAGUCAAUAAAUUGAUGCGAUCCCUUAAAAGGGCAGCACUGCAGCGCCCAGGCAUAAAACGUGUGAUUGAAGAUCCAGCUGAUGAAGAAAGUAGACUAAUUAUGUUGGAUCCCUAUAAAAUGUUUACUCAUGAUUCUUUUGAGAAAGCAGAACUCAGUAUUUUAACACAGCUUAAUGUCAAACCACAGAUAUCUAAAUAUAAUUUGGAACUAACUUAUGAAAACUUUAAGUCAGAAGAAAUCUUGAAAGCUGUGCUUCCUGAAGGUCAAGAUGUGACUUCAGGGUUUAGCAGAGUUGGACAUAUUGCACACUUGAACCUCCGAGACCAUCAGCUACCUUUCAAGCAUUUAAUUGGCCAAGUUAUGAUUGACAAAAAUCCAGGAAUCACCUCAGUAGUAAAUAAAAUCAGUACUAUUGACAAUACAUACCGAAAUUUCCAAAUGGAAGUAUUGUCUGGAGAGGAGAACAUGAUUACCAAGGUUCGAGAAAACAACUACACCUAUGAAUUUGAUUUUUCAAAAGUCUAUUGGAAUCCUCGUCUCUCUACAGAACAUAGCCGUAUCACAGAAAUUCUGAAACCUGGAGAUGUCCUAUUUGAUGUUUUUGCAGGGGUUGGGCCCUUUGCCAUUCCAGCAGCAAAGAAAAACUGUACUGUCUUUGCCAAUGAUCUCAAUCCUGAAUCCCAUAGAUGGUUGUUGCACAAUUGUAAAUUAAAUAAAGUAGACCAAAAGGUGAAAGUUUUCAACUUGGAUGGGAAAGAAUUCCUGCAAGGACCAGUCAAAGAAGAGUUAAUGCAGCAGCUGGGACUGUCAAAAGAAAGAAAACUCUCUGCGCACAUUGUCAUGAACUUGCCAGCAAAGGCUAUAGAGUUUCUUAGUGCUUUCAAAUCACUUUUAGAAGGGCAGCCAUGCAGCAGUGAGCUCCUUCCCACAGUCCACUGUUACAGCUUUUCCAAAGACGCUGAUCCUGCUGAGGAUGUUCGGCAACGAGCUGGAGCUGUGUUAGGCAUUUCCUUGGAGGCAUGCAGUUCAGUUCACCUAGUGAGAAAUGUGGCCCCUAACAAGGAGAUGCUUUGCAUCACUUUUCAGAUUCCUGCUGCUAUACUCUACAAGAACCAGACCAUGAAUCUAGAGAAUCAUGAAGAUCCACCUCUUAAACGACAGAGGACAGAUGAAGCCUUUUCAGAAGAUAAAACACAAAUUACUUCAAACACUUAAUUGGAAAUGUUUUCUCCAUCUCACCACUAGCAUUUUAUGUGGUGAAAUAUAAUUUGUAUGAUUUAAUAAAAUUUUAGCAUCCAUUUACUUUACUGUUGAA